UCCACAGGUGACACAGUCAGACACACGGGGGGCCAGUGGCUGAGGCUGCCGCAGAGGGAGAGGAGGUCACCCGCCGCCCCGCCACUCACACGACCUUGCCUCCCUGACCCGGCCGGGCGUGGGGCGGGAGGGCAGGAUGGCGUCCCGUGACGGGCCCAUGGUGAGCGGGACAGACGGCAGCGACUUCGUGCACCGGGAGACCGUGGCGCCGCAUUACCAGAUUAGCUGGCCCACAAAGAAGACCUUGUCACAACUCGCGCUCAACAAGGGGCGGCUUCGAAAAUGCGUCUUCUCACACCUCCUCUUGGCGCUGUUAAUGCUGAUCAAGAUGGUCCCAGACAUCCUCGACAGGCUGGAUAUCUUCAUCCUUGAAAUAGAAGAGCUUGAAGUUCCUCAGCCACUGAAAUGGGAGUAUAUAUGGUUGGUCGGGUCCUUGGCAAGCUUCUUGGGGCUCACCGCCAUCAGAAAGAACCGGGUUAUGCUGCUCCAGAUAUAUUUUGGACUUGUCAAUCUUCUGUCAACUGUCCCGAUACUCCUCGCAGCCAUGAUAUACUUUAAGGAAUUUGCUGAAUACUGUACGGAAGAUGAGCCUCAAGGUCUUCAGUUAUGGCAGGGUUACCCAAUCAGCGUGUUAUGGUACAGCUUCAUUUUGGUGGCCAUGCAAGUUCACAUCUUCACGCUAAUCUUCGCCUGGAAGCUUAUAUAUGCCUGGAAGAACCGAGGGGCUACCAAGAAGGUUCAGUAAGACCGCCCAUGGACUCAAUACGUUGGGUUAUAAUUUCUGGUUGUUGAUUUCUUAUUUUUUGUAUGUGUGGUUUUCAUAAUAAAUAUUUGGAAAGCAUUUACUGAGAUCGGCAAAUUAUGUACUUAAUUUUGGACGUUUUGACAAUUGGUAAGUUUUUUGGCAUGAUAAAGAAAUGUGUGUGACAUGGCUGGAAAUGCCCACAACUCCUACGAAAGCCUUGUCAAAUAGGUGUUUCUAGGUUCACAGUACAGAAGAAGGGUCAGACUACCACCAGGGUCAUAAAACUACCCCUGGAAAUGCCCACAACCCCUACGAAAGCCUUGUCAAAUAGGUGUUUCUAGGUUCACGGUACAGAGGAAGACUCACACUACCACCAGGGUCAUAAAACUACCCCUGGAAAUGCCCACAACUCCUACGAAAGCCUUGUCAAAUAGGUGUUUCUAGGUUCACGGCACAGAAGAAGGGUCAGACUACCACCAGGGUCAUAAAACUACCCCUGGAAAUGCCCACAACCCCUAUGAAAGCCUUGUCAAAUAGGUGUUUCUAGGUUCACGGUACAGAAGAAGGGUCAGACUACCACCAGGGUCAUUAAACUACCCCAUUUUCUGGAUUCUAGAGAUUGUUUUGGGGGUUUGGGGUUUAGGAGAAGGGCCAAACUACCACCAGGGUCAUUAAACUACCCCAUUUCUGGAUUCUAGAAAUUGUUUUUGGGGGGUUCGGGGUUUAGAAGAAGGGCCAAACUAUCACCAGGGUCAUUAAACUACCCCUGGAAAGGCCCAUAACCCUUACAAAAGCCAUGUCAAAUGCGUGUGGUUGGGGCGACGGAAUGUUUAAAGAGUCUGUCCCUUGGAAAAUAUAUAAGUUUGUCUCAGUGAAUGCUGAUAUCCUGUUUUGUUAUUAUGUACUUCAUUUCAACUGGAGUAGACCUAUUGUCAUCCCUCAAAUAGUGUGGUUUCGGCUAUAUACAGAUUGUCAUUGUAUAUCUUUUUAGGAGUUUUAAAUUUCCUGCUUGUCGGGAAAUUCAAAAACCCUGAAAACUCGUCUGAAAAUCCACACAAAACCGAACUAUUUGAGGGGCGUCUGUAAUGUUAUCAUGGGGACGAAUUUUGUGCCCUACGGGUACAGAAUUGUUUACACAUUCAUUGUUAAAGCUGGAGAGGUAGAUAUUGUAAUAGCUAUCCUUUCAUAGCCUUUGAAUAUCCCUUGUUUUUCGUGGUGCCAGAGUGAGUUGAAGGGUUUGGCUCUCUAUAUACAAAUGUAUUUUCACAAUUUGUUGAGCAAACAUACGUCUUUUUGUUGUUGAAGUGUUCCACCCAUCACCAUAACCGUUACUGCCCUGUUAAAAGUUUACAAGCUGGUCUU